GUAGUGUUUGUGGCGACCUCCCAGAGGCUGUGGCGUUUCGAGGAGGGCGCUCGGUGUUGUGUGGAAGGGCUGGAGGAAGCGGCGCUGCCUGGGGCGGGGGGUGAUUUCGUCCGUGGCAAAAGCCUCUGUCCGAGGAGAAAAUGAGUUUAGCUCUGAGUAGAAAUGAGCUUGUAGUAGACAAAACAAAAAGAAAAAAAAGACGAGAGCUGUCUGAAGAACAGAAGCAAGAAAUAAAAGAUGCUUUUGAAUUGUUUGAUACAGACAAAGAUGAAGCCAUAGACUAUCAUGAAUUGAAGGUGGCAAUGAGAGCCUUGGGGUUUGAUGUGAAAAAAGCAGAUGUACUAAAGAUUCUUAAAGAUUAUGACCGAGAAUCCACAGGCAAAAUCACCUUUGAAGAUUUUAAUGAAGUUGUGACGGACUGGAUUUUGGACAGAGAUCCACAGGAAGAAAUACUGAAAGCAUUUAAAUUAUUUGAUGAUGAUGAUUCAGGCAAAAUAAGCUUGAGAAACUUGCGACGGGUUGCUCGAGAGUUGGGUGAAAACAUGAGUGAUGAAGAGCUUCGAGCAAUGAUAGAAGAAUUUGAUAAAGAUGGUGAUGGAGAAAUAAAUCAGGAGGAGUUCAUUGCUAUUAUGACUGGAGACAUUUAAGGAAUUGCAGGAAAAGAACUUAAAAACAGGACCAGUGGCUAUACGUGUUGGAGUUAUCACCUUGUAGUCUAUUUCAUACCUGGAGCCAUGCAAAAAAACCAACGCCAAGUUAGUUUUUCCGAAAGGACCAAAAUAAAUACUUUAUUGUAAUGAAA